GCAGGGACACGGUCGAGAACAUACAUUUUUGCCAUUCGGCUCUUGAAGAAGUAGCGCGUAGGCGGCGACACGGCGAGUGGCCCCGUUCCUGUCCGGUGGCACUCCCGUCACGCUGUUAACGAUACGAGCGAAAGCAAAACCUUAUCCACCUCAGUGUUAAAUACCCUAGGACCCUUGAUCCCCCACUAUGACUGUUGCCUGAGCUCAACGCAUACAGCAGCAACGAAUGAUUCCUGACUUUCAUCAAGAUGUCUCUUGUGGAAAAUCACCCUCCUUCCACUUCCACCGAUGUCCUCAAUAAAAGCGAUGUUGAGGACGUCGUCGAUGAGUCUUCGCCCCCAUCAUCUCAGCCAGGCAAAAAAGAACCCGAGACCAGCGGUACCCAAGAAGUCACAACUUCAGUGAAUGAAACAAAGAAUACCAAUCCAGCAAAGACCCAAGAAGCUAAAAUAACACGAGUCCCUCCCGAAGAAUGGCGACGAGUCAAAAAGGGGCGCAAACUCGACCUGGACCAAAGCGUUCUCAUUACCUCAUCCAAGGUGAAUGUCAAGGCCAACCUACGGAAGCUGCGGCGGGAAAGUGCGAUAAGAAAGAAAAAAGGUGAAUCUUCUCAAAAUGCAGAGGUGUCUCAGCAGCUAGACGUGCCUUAUCGGCUCGCCAUAAAUUCCCAGUACCUUUUGCACGCCCUAGGGGAGUGUAUCGGGGAGGAGCUUACCGAGACUCAUAACGUUUUUGUACGUCCGUUCAAGUAUCUUGUAGGACAUGAAGCAGAGAUACGACAGUUCUACGCCGAUCUUGAGUCAGCCUACGACCAAGCUGAAGCUGAUGCCCAGGCUGAAGUCGUUCAAGAAAAAGAGACGUCAGAAGAUGAAAUCUCGGCUGAGACGGAGCAUGAGACACUGAGGGAGAUAGCGGAUCGCGCUAAACGACAGAAGGACGAGUUUCGGUGUCUUAUAGAGUUCAUGGAUCACGACAUGGCAGAUAUAUUUGACGUCAAGCGCCAGAUCUCCAACAAGACCAUAACAGAAAUCGCUUUUGAGAACCUGUGGCAGCUCUUUCGACCGGGGCAGACAUCGUACCUCUUCCAAAAUCGGGAUGAUCACCGUCGAUGCCAGGCGUUGCAGAUCCUUCACGUCACCGGUGGCCGUGAAGUGUUUGUUUGACUCUGGCAAGAAGUGCUCUUUCGACCCAGUGCGCGAUAGAGAAUGGGAUUCGGAGACUGAGUCAGAGGAAAGAUGCCGCGAUAUUGUCAAAGCAUCGGACCACGAAAGCACCAGUUUCAUCAUCGACUCCUUCCACAUUGACUUCGACGGUUUCCGGAUGGGUCCAAGACCAAAUCGUUUCGUCAUUUCGCGCUACGUUGGGGCACGCCCCGUCAAAAUAUUGCCGCUGUAUCCAUCUUUUCUCCACCCUAAUGAUUCACAAAUUCAGGAGAUACUCCUUCAUCGGGGAAAGAAGUUCACAGAACUGGCGACUGGAACACACAGGAAAUAUGACGGGUUUACCAUUCGAGAGUCUAAUCAGACAACACGCGGUUUUUACAACUAUGUGAUAGCUGACACCGAGCUCCACUGCGAGGUCAUGGUGGAUCAAGCGGCAGGUAUCGAAUUCUUUAGGGAGGACAUGAACCUGUACCACAGAUUUUCCGUAAAGUUAGGCGGAAGUAUCAUCUACAGCCCGACCAAGGCCGACAAGCGAGAAACAUUCGAUCCGUUACCCGAAAAGCAGGACAACAGCUGGGUCACCGACGUCUUUGAUGACUCCAAGUUCGAGGCUGACCGGCACGCCGACUUUCUGCAGUUAACAGAACUGCGGAGUAUUCAAGAGUUCCGAAGAGCCGGCUGCACUGACGAAUGGGCUCUGUUGCUUCCGACCCGCGUGUAUGGCUACUCCUUGCUCGACCACAGGUGGUUUGCCCUCGACAUCAACAAUGUCAGCGAAAUCCCCCCCCGGUCGCUCACAUCGCACUUUGAGGACCUGGUGCUGCCUGACGGCCACAAAACACUCCUUCAGGCCCUCGUGAAGAAUCAUGUUCGGGUACCCAAGCAGAGCGGUAUUGCGCAUGAGACAUUCUCUAUGGAUCUCGUCGCUGGCAAAGGCAAAGGGUUGAUUAUUCUUUUGCACGGGGUGCCUGGUGUGGGCAAGACUUCCACAGCUGAGUGUGUCGCCGCUGAGUUGGGCAGACCACUUUUACCUAUCACAUGCGGUGAUAUCGGCACCACAGCAAAAGAAGCUGAGAGGACAUUGGAGUCCUUCUGUGGGUUGGCGCAGAAGUGGAGAUGUGUGUUGCUUCUGGAUGAGGCCGAUGUCUUCUUGGCGAAGCGAGAAAAGGGAGAUAUUGAGAGGAAUAGUCUAGUUUCAGAAUAUUACGCAGGCGUCAUCAUCCUAACCACCAACAGGGUCGGAGAAUUCGAUGAAGCAUUUCGAUCACGCAUACACAUUAGUCUCUACUACCCAAAACUCAGCCAGAAGUCUGCCAAGGACAUUUGGCAGAGGAACAUGUCCCGUCUCAAAGCGAGCGGAAUAGACAUGGACAUAGAAGAAGAGAAGAUUGAACGCUUUAUUGACCAGCACUGGGAGCGCAACAAACACAAGCCAUCCCGGAGAUGGAAUGGCAGGCAGAUGAAAAACGCUUUCCAGACAGCCACAGCACUGGCAAACUGGGACUUCUAUGAAGGCGGAGAAAACACUGAGCUAAAACGACCCCUCCUCAAAGUUGGGCAUUUCAAACGCGUCGCGCAAACAUCUGCCCACUUCGAUGACUACAUUCGCGACAUUCAUGGCUUCCAAGAAGAAGACGACCCAUACAGCGUCAUCGCCGGACGUGACCUGCUGCGGCAAGACAACAACCCAGGGACACUUCCCCCCGAUUCGUCCGCGCCAUGGGGAAGUCGUCGAAGAGGGAGAAACCCUCCGGUAUAUCCGGCAUCGAAUAUGGACGAUCUUGGCAGGAGACACAAUCGACGGCGUAAUCGGGAGGAAAUGUUUACUGAUGACGAGGAUGAUGAUAAUGUUAAGCGGCUGAAGCUAGAGUUGAGGCUGGCUGAACUGAAGAAAAAAGAGGGUUCGGGAAAGGCGGAAGCAGCGGGACCAAUUGCAGACGACGAGGAGGAGGAGGAGGAUGAUGAUGAUGAUGAAACAUGCAAUGAAGGCUGUGUCUCAGAGUGGUCAGAGUUGGGCGCAGAGCCUCAGCUCGAGCUGGCCACCUCAAUCACAGUCGGGGUUUCUAGUAACGGGGACCUCUGUCUAUUGUUCGUGAUAUUUUUGCUUGGCAAAUUUAUUGCAAUGUGCAAUGUUAACCAAAAAGGAGUUAAGAAUUUUAUUACCUGUUUGGAACAUGCAGAGGAUCGAUCCUUCACGCAUUUGUUGCACUGCUAUUGGUUGGUUGGAGGUCAACUCACCAACAACCCGCUCCACAUGGUUGGGACCCGAAUCUUUGCUCUUAGCAAUAAGGCCUCGCUCGUAUGUUGCUCUUUCCCUCGGAGAGUAACAUCAACUCCUGAUAUCCUCAAGCUCCACACGAUCACCUACAUCGAGAUGGUCUUAGUUCCAGUCAACAAUCUGCCGACAAGUCCAGGACUGAAUCAAGCAGCUGGUAGUUCUCAGAGCCAAGCAAGGCCACUUCUCCACGUGGUCAACGAUGCCCUUCCACCCAUGACCGAUGACCAGGAAGACCAGGACAAGAAAGAUGUUUCCCCUCACACAUGUCGCCACUGUUCAAGAAUCACGAUCGACAUGAGACAAAACUCAAAAGACGGCAAAGAUGAUGGUCAAAUUGGCUUUACUGAGGCUGAUGUCAUCUCUGCUCUGAAAGACAACUGCGCUUUAUUCUCUGCCUUUCGUCAAGGGGCCUACCUCGUCAGCAUGACCUCAGGUCCAAACAACCCGAUCUGGGUCGAGCGGACUUUGAAGCAGCGAGCCAUUGUCAACUUCUUCGAGGUCGAUUGGGAACGACUCAAGCUGGGCUACAAGUUGAACAAUAGGUUGGGGGAAUUUGUGCUCUACAAUGUUCCAGGCCAAAAGCCCCACGAGCUGUUCGGACCCCAACCGCCACCCAACCUCCUCCUCAACUCUGAGCUCAGCUACUCCCGAGCCAGGAAAUAUCUCCGAGAUUGCUCCGCCAACCACACCAAAUGCCGCGAGUUCAACCUUAGCCACAUGCCCACCCGCCUCUUGGAAGUCGUUACUCGCCCCAAUUCUCCAAACCCAGAUGAACCACACCUCAUCGUUCGUCUUGUCAGCAACCCACCCCCAGCCCCCUAUGCAACCCUAAGCUACUGCUGGGGCGGCGACCAACCCGGCAAGACCACCAAAAGGAACAUUGGAACCUACUCCCGCAACAUCCCUCUUGAUGUUCUCCCGUUGACCAUCAUCGACGCUUUAACCGUAACCCACGGCGUAGGAAUGAAAUACCUCUGGGUGGAUGCACUGUGCAUUGUUCAAGACUCGGACCAAGACAAAAUGAAUGAAAUCUCCAACAUGCACCUCAUCUACCGCGGAGCAUUCCUCACCAUUGCUGCUGGUGUAGCUUCUACCAGCCUUGACGGGUUCCUACGUCCGAGGGUUCACGACAGGGGGUAUGUCUUUAAUGUAAGGGUUGAUUCACCAGUUGGAAAGCAGGAAGGGGAGAUACGACAAGCUAUCGCCAUGCCAGUGCGCUUGAGGCGGGAUCAGGAGAUGUUACCUCUUUACACCAGGGCUUGGACCUUCCAGGAGGGGCAGUUAUCCACCCGGGUGCUUGCUUAUGGAAACAGGGGGAUGGUGUUUUGUUGUUUGGAGUCGAGGCAUACAGAUGGGGGGCUAGAGGAGCCAAUUACGACUUUGAGAUCGAUUGAUGAUUCCAUAGGCGCAAGUUUCAAGAACUUGGACCCGGGAAAUCAGAGUUUGGGCGGGGUGAGGCAUCCGUUGGCUUGGGGGGUGAUUGUGGAGGCUUAUACGUCGAGGGAGUUGACGGUGGGGGAUGAUAAGUUGUUGGCUGUUAUGGCUAUUGCGGAGGAGUACAAGAGGACGAAGGAAGGGGUGGGGGAGUAUUUGGCUGGGUUGUGGAGGGGGGAUAUGCUUUUUCAGCUGUUGUGGGCGGCGCAUAGGGUUAGUGAUGUGAAGACCAAAUUUAAGAGGCCGGAGAGGUACAGGGCGCCGAGUUGGAGUUGGGCGAGUUUGGAUGGGCAUUUUAGGAUAUUUUUGCAUCAGGGGGUGUUGGAUGGGAGUAUUGUAUAUAAAUACGCUUGUGAGUUGCUUCAUGCGGAGACAACGCUUGUGGGGGGUAAUCCGUUGGGGCAGGUCAAGGGAGGUUUCAUUCGGCUGAGGGGAAGAGUGAAGAAGGUUGUUUGGAAACGGAAUGGGACCGGUAAACAUGAUCACGGUUAUGGGUGGGCGCUUGGGGAUUCGGAGAGCGAUUGGGUGAAGUCUGGUGAGGUGCCGGGGGAUGAUAGGCUCUCUUGGUAUGUUGAUGUGCCGGAUGAGUGGCCGGUGAAGAGAGACAUUGUGAUGUCUUGCAUUGAGGUUUGCACGUAUGAGGCGCCGGAGAACCUGAUGCAGUUUGCUAUGGUGCAGCUGUAUGACGAGAGAGGGGGGUCGCCGAAUAUGACACAGGGACGAGGGAUUUUGUUGGUUCCUGUUGAAGGUCAGCCGGACACAUACCGGCGGGUGGGGACGAUGGGAUGCAAGGGCUAUCUUGAGGGCGAUGUGGGCUUUGAGAAGAAGCCUUAUUGGUUUGAUGAGGGUCACAGUAUGAGGCAAGAGGUUGUUGUCAUCUGA